GUUCCAUUCAUUUUCAUUACUUUAUCAGAUAAUUCUUUAAUCUUUAUUUACUAUUUUAUUAUAAUUUUGAAAAUUAAAUAUAUGAGCAACAAAAUUACAUAUGUAAAUUAUUUAUAUAAAGUUAUUAUACAAAAAUGUGGCACGAAGCAAGAAAACAAGAGCGUAUGAUACGCGGUAUGAUAGUGGACUAUCGACGGAGGGCCGAGCGUCGAAAGGAUUUUUACGAAAAAAUUAAGGCAGAGCCUACGCAGUUCUUACAAUUGCACGGGCGACCAUGCAGGAUUCACCUGGAUCCUGCCAUCGCGGCUGCCGGCGAAGGCCCUGCCAUAAUGAUGCAGUGGCAAGGUGACCCAAGCAAUCUGAUAGAUCGCUUUGAUGUCCGAGCACAUUUAGAUUACAUCCAAGAGGUGAAGAAUCCUGAUGUAGCUCCAGAAGAGCUUAGCCCCGAGGAAAGACAAUGUAACUAUGAAAGAUACAGAAUUCUGGCUCAGAAUGUGUUUCUAGGAAUAGGCGAAGACAAAUUCCUCCAACAGCUGGCAAUAGAAGAGCAAUUCGGAGUAACGAUAGAAGAGAAGGAAAUGCAGAAGGAGAAGUUAAACGAAAAGAAAGGCACCGGUGCCGCCAUAGGCUACAAUUAUAACGAUCCAGGCGCCCAACCCUCUUGUUCUAACGGCCCGGAAGUUAAAAAGGUGGAGCAAAAAGAUUCGGACGAUGAUUCCGAUUUGGAAAUCAUUGAUGUGGAUUUGAGUAUUGAUGUCAACAAAAUGGAGGCUUCACAGGCGCACGAGUUGAAUGCAGUGGGCCCUCAGUUCGGGAUGGCCGGCUGCGAUCUAUUCUCAUUCCUCACUGGGGACGCCGAUGACGCGGAGCAUCACAAGCAGUUGUUGCGAGAGGAGAAAGAGAAAGCUAUGUUCUCUGGGAGGAAGAGUAGGAGAGAGAGACGAGCUCAUAGGGACAAGAAGCUGGCGGUCCGCGCGUCGAGUCCGCCGCACUACGCACGUGUGGGCGGCGCCGGGCCGGCGGCGGGGGCGGCGGGGGUGGCGGCGGCGGGGGCGGGGGCGGGGCGCGGGUCCCGCAGCGCCAGCAGCGCGUCCCCGGAGCCGGCGGGGGACGUGCAGUUCAUCACCUCGUUCGGAGGCGACGACGACGACCCCCACGCAGAGACACCACCAAAACCGCUGUAUGCCGACAAAUUGAAAAACAACCUGAAGAAAGAAAUGCUGUAUUCAGAAGUCGCUCGGAAAUCUAAACCUAGACUGUCCCCAUACGAGGAGAGGCCCCAGAUCCGACCCCAGAUGGGCCCGCACUUCCCGCCGCGUCCACGCACGCGUUCGCGGUCUUACUCUCGUUCCCGAUCUCGAUCGUUUUCCCGGCGGCGAUCCCGCUCGUACUCACGUUCGCGAUCCGCGUCGCGCUCUCGAUCACGGUCCUACAGCCCGUACAGAUCGCGAUCGCGUUCCGGAACGAGGAACUACAGGGAUAAACGGUCUCGGAGCCCGGACAACCAAGCCAGUGGCUAUGGCAAGCAUAAUUACUCCAGAUCGAUGUCCUUCGACAGCGGCGAACGCAGUGAACAGCGGCCACCAGUGACCCGGUACUACGGCCGUAAGAAGGAAGAUAAGUCUUCCAGCGAACUCUCCGAGUCUGAAUCCAGCGGUUCCCCUGAUGAUGACAAAAACAGAUCAGAUCGGGUUGGCAAUAAAUCCAACAGUAACCAGAAUCAGUUACGAUUCUCUGGAUCCAGCUCCAAAGGUGCUUCGCGUGACACGUUGUCGAUAAAAGAAAAACUCAAGAGGAAAAUGCAAGCACAACUGACAAGGCAAUUGCGGCGCGACCAGAGAGAGGCGGCGGCGCGGUCCGCGCGGGAGGCGCGCACGCGGGCCACGCGCGACCGAGACAUGAGGCAGCUCGCCAUCAAGCUGCGCCGCAAACAGCGUGAGAUGAGACACCAGCAGAACAGGAGAUCGAGCGAUGACCUAUCGGAUCGCAGUCGCAGCGGAUCUUCAUCCAGAGAUUCUCCUCAAACUGAGAAGAAGAGAGAAGAUCGCAGCAAAUCGAAGAGUCCGUCGCCAGAGAAACGCAUACCAGUGUGGGAAAAUAACAAGGAAUUUGCUACGGUACCUUACCGUCCGAGGCAGGAAACUAGUGAGAAUGCAUACCAGAAACCUAAAAGGCGAGACUAUAGACCGUAUCAAGAGUCUAACGACUAUAGAGAUGAGAGGAAAGAAGAUGAAAGACAGAAUUAUCCGACUAGAUUUGAUAGGUACCCCAGUAGAGAGUAUGCAGGGCGACAAGAAGAAAGUUACAGUCGGCAGGAUUAUACAGAUAGGUGGGAACAGGACAGAUCAUAUUCGGCGGGAAGGAGACGGCCGUUCGGACACAGAGGCGGUUAUAGAGGCGAGAACAGGGGUGAAUUUAGGGGUGAACAUAGGGGUGAAAACAGGGGCGAAUUUAGGGGUGAAUACAGGGGUGAUCGCCAUCACGCAGGCUACGGCGAUGGGCCAUCCAGUUCAUUUAGAAAUGACGAUUAUGUUGAUAACGAAGAUGGUUAUCAGAGAAAAGUUAAACUUGUAGAUUAUUAAGUUUGUUAAUACAGAUGUUUAUGCCAAAUUAAAACCUAUUCCGUUGUUAAAGCGUACAUAUUGAAAUGUAAUGUCUGCGUUCUCUAUCCACUGUUAUUAUACAUAUGAAAGUAAACAACACAAAACUACAAAAUGGCACGUGCUUUCAUAGUUACUUCUAUAUCUCAAUUUUACAUUGAGAUUUUUAAUACCUCCUCUCUUCUAGUCUUCUCGUUCCUUCCAUCAUAUUCUACUCCUUUUUUAUUACAAUUUAAGUAGAAAUAACUGUUCUGUAAUAUUGCUAGAUAGAUCCACUACACACGUCAUCUCUAAAAAUGAUGCGAAGAACCGGUUCGCUCACAAAAUUACCGUU